UAAAUAAUCUGUUCCUUUAAAUUCUGUAAUUCAAUAAUCACUAACUAGAGUCCAUAUCAUAGGAGCUUGAUAACAUUAAUGAUUAACUGAGAAGACUCGUUGAAAGGACUGCAGGUAAAAUGAUGUAAAAGCUCUGUUUAGGAUUUCGCUGUGGGAACAAAAUAUGUUCUUAUUCAUUCUAACCUACUCAACUGGCUCUAUUUGCAUUGCCUCAUUCAUCAAAUGCUGUCACUUGAUAUUGCUUAAUCCAAGUGUGUGAAUAUAAGUAGAGUUGGGAUAUAACUGCCUCAACUACUACCAAGUGUUAACAACAGGAAACCUCAUCAUUUGAAACCAGCCCUUCAUGUUUAUAACUAAAGUUCAGACAAUUGAACUAAUACUAUAUUUAAUCCAACAGAAGCCUGAAAAAAAGGACCUGAAAUGAAGUGUUCAACUACUAAAAUUCCCCCUGCAAAAAUGAACAACUCAGCAGGAAAAGUCUCAGUAAAAUCUUCCAGGUUGAGAAAAUCCCAACAGAAGGGUGAAGAAAUUUGCCAGGUGUACUUUAUGCAGCUACGCUCUGGCCUUAUCAUAGAAAAAAAAGCUUGUUACUUUAGGAAAGAAACCACCAAAAGGCAUUCACCAAACUCAGCUGAAGAUUACAAUGAGCAAAAUCGGCUACUCGCUACCUAUCAGACACGCCUGGAACGAUUUGGACAAUCGACAAGGGGCUUUGCCUUUAGUGCCCAAGGAAAUACUAGAACAAGGGAUGAAUCAUCAAGAAUCCUAGAGUUCAGAAGGGGCUCACAACUGUGUUCUCCAGGACUAUUGCAAGUCUCAGAACAACUCCACACCUUACAGAUGGAGCGUUGUGUUUCCCUGAGCACAUACAAUGAUCAAGCCAUUACUUUUGUUUUUUCGGAUGGAGGUUAUGAGAUCUAUAUUGAAGAUUUGAGGGGAAAAGAUGAGAAAGACAAAGUAUUAUUCCAUUACUAUAACUCACAGUCACCUGCAAGUGAAACAGGUGAUGAUGUUGAUGGUCACAAAUUAAUGGUAAGGAUAAGUCCUGCAAAUAACAAAAACUUCUUGCUGCAUGCCAACAACAAGGAGCACUCUGUGGAGCUACAAAAAUAUGAAAACUCGUUGCCAGACCAGACUUUAUUUCUUCUUCAUACAGAGCUCGGGCCCUCGUCAUGUGUUUCCUUUGAAUGUAUGAACAAUCCCGGACUGUUUAUAGGAGUAGAGAAUAACCAUCUUAGUCUAAUUAAUUUAAAGGACAAGACUGACCAUUUAAUAAGAGAGAAUAUCAGAUUUAAGCUCUCUUAAAUGUAAGAGAGAGAGAGAGACAGAGAGAGAGACAGACAGACAGACAGAUAACAUUUAAGGGAAAUGGAGAGUGCUUAACAUGCUGUGGAAUGUUUUAUGCAUUUUAUGUUAAAAUUGUAUAUAUUUGUAAUCCUCA